AUGAAGUCAUUAAACGUUGACCAGAUCACUACACGUGGAAAACCUAGACAGAUUCAUACCAAACAGAUCAGCAAUGGAUUUCGACUUUGCUCAUCACGCCAUCAUCGAUGCCAUGAUCGAAGCAAAAAAAAAGGCAAAAGAAAACCAGAAGAGGUGGUGGUGACGCUUUCACCUUCCCAAGAUGCUUACAACAAGCGUUUAGCCGAAACGCUUAAUCUCAACCGCACCCACCGUAUUCUCGCCUUCAAAAACAAACCUCAACCUCCUCCUCUCCAAGCUUAUUCUUCUCUUCACCAACAACAACAACAACUUCCAAAGCCUCGACGACAUAUUCAUCAGACUUGUCGUAAAACCUUAGAAGCUCCCGACAUUCUCGAUGACUUCAACCUCAACUUGCUUGACUGGAGUUCUCAUAACGUCUUAGCCAUUGCCUUGUCCCACACUCUUUACCUGGGGGACGCUUCCACCGGCUCUGUUUCCGAGCUCGUCACUAUUGAACAAAACAAAGGACCCAUCACAAGCAUUAGCUGGUCACCUGAUGGUUCUUACAUCGCACUUGGUCUCAACAACUCUCAAGUCCAGGUUUGGGAUUCUUCAUCCAACCGUAAACUCAGAACACUAAACAAUCUCCACCAGUCUGAAGUAGGAUCAUUGGCGUGGAACAAUCACAUCCUCACAACCGGAGGAAUGGACGAAAAGAUUGUCAACAACGACGUCAGGACCAGGUCACAUGUUGUCGGAGAAGUUUGUGGGCUCAAGUGGUCUGGCUCUGGGAAGGAGUUAGCUAGUGGUGGCGACGACAAUGUUGUACAUAUAUGGGAUCAUUCUGCUGGCUCGCAAUGGCUGCACAGGCUUGAGGAACAUUCAUCUGCCGUGAAGGCUCUUGCUUGGUGUCCGUUUCUGUCUAGUUUGCUUGCAACUGGUGGUGGUGGAGAAGAUGGGACGAUUAAGUUUUGGAAUACUCACACGGGAGUUUGUUAG